ACUUUAUAAGUGUACGAGAGACUCCGAUGACAUCAAAACAUCGCUGGGCGCGUAGCUGAGGGGUACUCGUGCUGCUUGUAUUAUUUUUGGAUUCCCGGUGACUCUUCUUUUUAUUUCUCAUUUUUCUACCAUCUCGGCUCAGAAAGCCCGACUGCCUGAAGCUUGAAGUCAAGUGAAGAACACACCAAGAGAAACCAAAAAUGCUAAUCUUAUUGUUUGCAAUCGUCAUUUUGCACAUCGCGGCUCUGGUACUCCUCUUUGUAUCCACGAUUGUCAACGCUUGGGUUUCUGACAAUGGCAGUACCGCAGAUCUUUGGCAGAACUGCAGUUCAUCAGACACAGGGGUGCACUGCGUAGUGGGCUACACAGGAGAAUGGAUCCAAGCAGUUCAGGCCAUGAUGAUCUUGUCCAUCAUCUUCAGCAUAAUUUCCUUGUUCCUCUUCAUCUGCCAGCUCUUCACACUGCAGAAAGGAGGCCGCUUCUUCCUCACCGGCACCUUUCAGAUACUUGCAAGUCUCUUUGUGAUGAGCGGCGCUAUAAUUUACACAGUGAAAUACAGAGACUGGAUCAGCGGUGAUGCCAGCUUUGGGUAUGCUUAUAUCUUGGCGUGGGUCGCCUUCCCCCUGGCCUUGAUUAGCGGGUUGAUCUACGUCAUCUUAAGGAAGCGUGAAUGAGACGUCGCAGAAGGCCGUGCCGCAGGGUCCGUAGACAGAAUUGAAACUGAAACAUGGAAUCCAAACCAAGUUCCUGUUAUAAUUUGAAGAUGUAUAUAGUAUCUAUGGUUUAAAACCUAUUUAUAACACUUUUUACAUACAUGUAAAUAAAUUGUUUUGCUUUUUUUUUUUUUUUUUUUUUUUUGACAAAAGAUUCUCCGGAGCUUUGCGAAGCUACAAAGAAAAAGAAAAAAAAAAAAGUGCCUACGGAACAAAACGCCUGUUUGUAACAAUGAAGUAACUGUCGUCCUUCUUUUGUUCUUCUUUCCCGCGUCAAUAAAUGAGUUGAGAGUUUUAUUUUGAAUAUGUUAACCAAAGUGCAUGUGUGCGUUAGCCCUCUAGAGUUUUAACUCUGCACGUUUAAAGAAAGAAAAAAAAAGGAAAAAAGAAAACUACUAGAAUAAACAAAGAAUAGCUUAACGACUUUGAAGUAAUUUUCUGUAUGUGAAAAUAAUUUUUUUUUUGUUGUUGUUGUUUCAAACAAUGGUGCUAUGUAUUUACCAUUCCUAUUAUGAAAGCCAUUUAGCCUUUCUUUAAAGAGUCGAUUAACAUCAUUUCAACAAUAAAUGCUUAGAAAUAAAACACUUGACAUCCUUGGAA